AUGGCAGAAAGACGAGUAAACGAUCGCAGACAAAAUCAAGAUGAUAAUGCGGUUCCAGCGGCAAUUAGAAAUAGUAACAUGUCCGAAGAAUGCAUCGUACUGCUGGAGGAAUUGAUCCGCAGCAACCGGGCUCUGGCGAGCGAAAAUGAAAAGCUGCGGCAGCUGCAAGAGCGCAGCAACAAAUCAAACUUAGAGGCUCUUCAGCGGAUUGAGAACCGUCUUGAAACUGGUGAUAAUGGAGCCAAAGUCCGUCGGCGCCAAAAUAGACAGAAGCGAAGGACGAUAGUAGUUCCACCAGCUUGUCGAAGAGCUGUGAGAAGGAUAUAUAAACUUCUUUUAAAAAAAGACGACUUUGGUGGAUUUUAUCUUGACGAAGAAGUAAAUUCUGAUAACAACUAUGGAAUUUUUGAGCGCACAGUAGAGCAGGUUGUACAUCAACAGGGAGGACCUGAAAAGUGUCCCUGGACAAAGGAUAUCAUUGAAG